CGUUCUCCAUGGAUGGAUGUGUUUAACGCUUAAAACGUUUAUAAAGUAUAAAAGAAAAGUAAAUUAAUAAAAUAAAUUAAUAAAAUAAAAAAUAAUAUCGUGCGGUUAAACAUCUACAUCAAACAAAAGUAAAAAAUAUAAAAAAAAUUUUAAGAAUUUAAAAAUUAUAUGGAAAAACGUUUAUUCUUUAACAAGAUUUAUUUACGUUACACAUUUCCAACCACCAAGUACAAGAUAAUUGCAUGAAAAUUAUAAUAUUUAUUAGAAUAAUAUAAUUAAAAUAUAAUAAGAAAAAUAGUAAUUAUUUAUAUAAUAAGUAAAAUUUUAUUUUCUGAUUUAAUAUAAAGAAAUUUUUAUAAUUUUGAAUUUUAAAUUUUACUCAUAACUUUUAUUUAAAAAUUUUGUAAUAAUUUAUAAGAAAAAAAUUAUCAUAAUACCGCAUUAAACCAAAAAAAAUUUAAAGUGAUUUAGAGAAAUUAAAAUAUUAGUAAAAAAGAAAAACCGUCUUUUUUAAAUUCACGUAAUUUUUAAGAGAAUUCAAUUAAAAAAUUGAUAACAGGAAGAAAAAUUUAGAUUGCAACAGUUACUUUGACUGAAAUAGAAGUUUAAAAAAAAAAAUGGGUUUUGUAAGAAGAUACUGGGAAAUCUUUAAAAUGAUUUUUAUAUUCUUUCGGUUUCGUUUUCGGCAAUAUCGUUUGAAAACCAAUGAAAAACAUAUUGUGAAAACAUCAUACGGUCCAAUACGUGGUGUUAAACGAAUAUCAAUAUGGAAUGAUGCAUUUUAUAGUUUUGAAAAAAUUCCAUUUGCUAAACCGCCAUUUGGUGAAUUAAGAUUUCGAGCACCACAACCACCAGAACCAUGGACUGAAGUACGUGAUUGUACAAGGGAGGGUCCAAUGCCAAUGCAAACAAAUUUAGUUACAAAAAAAAUUGAAGGUUGUGAAGAUUGUUUAUAUUUGAAUGUUUACACAAAAAAUUUAAAUCCAACAAAACCACUUCCUGUUAUGGUUUGGAUAUAUGGUGGAGGUUUUGAAACUGGUGGUGCAAUUAAAGAUUUAUACAGUCCAGAUUAUUUUAUGCAAAAGGAUGUCGUUUUAAUAUCAAUUACUUAUCGUGUUGGACCUUUCGGCUUUUUAAGUCUGGAAGAUCCAAAUGUAAAUGUACCCGGAAAUUCUGGUCUUAAAGAUCAAGUAUUAGCGUUAAAAUGGAUUAAAAAUAAUGUAGCGCAAUUCGGUGGUGAUACAAAUAAUAUAACAUUAUUUGGUGAAAGUGCUGGUGCAGCUUCAACCCACUAUAUGUCAAUAACUGAUCAAGCAAAAGGAUUAUUUCAAAAAAUGAUAUUACAAUCGGGUACAGUAUUAUGCCCAUGGGCUCAAGUACCACCAAUACAAUGGGCAUUAAGAUUAGCCAAAGAGAUGGGCUAUAAUGGUGUUGAUCAUGAUGAAAAAGUUUUUGAAUUUUUAAAUAAAGCUAAAAGUGAAGCGAUAUUAAAAGCUGAACAAAAAUUAUUAACAAAUGAAGAACGUCAUGUUUGUAUUGUAUUUCCAUUUGGACCAGUUAUCGAACCAUAUAUAACAGAUCAAUGUGUUGUACCAGAAGAACCAAAAUUGAUGAUGAGAAAAGGAUGGGGACGUAAUUUACCAAUGAUUAUUGGUGGUACAUCAUUUGAAGGAUUAAUUUUUUACGGAGAAGCAAAGAAAAAUCCACAAUGGAUUAAUGGUGAUUGCCAAUAUGUUGUCCCAUUAGAAUUAAAUUUAACAAUUGGAUCAGAAAAAUCAAUGGAAUAUGGAAAACGUUUAACUCAUACAUUCUUUGAUGAAAAAGAAUUAGAAAAUUUUGCUAAUAAUCCCACAAGAGAAUUAUACAAAAAAGUUUUAGGAUGUUAUUUGGAUUUAUUUUCAUAUAAAUUCUUUUGGCAUGGUAUUGAACGUACUAUGAAAUCACAUUUUACAUAUGGAUCUAAAGAAUCAUCAAUUUAUGCAUAUCAAUUUGAUAUUGAUUCACCAACACAUAAUUUAGUUAGAAAAUUAAUGUGUGGAUGGCAAGUACGUGGAGCAUGUCAUGGUGAUGAUAUGAAUUAUAUAUUUUUAUCGGCAAUAACACCGGAUGUUCAAAAAAAUUCAAAAGAAUUAAAAGCAAUACAAGAAUUAAUUACAUGUUGGACAAAUUUUGCUGAAACCGGUAAUCCAAAUUCAAUUGAAAUGAAUCUCCCAGAAUGGCAACCAAUGACUGAAAUUGAAAUUAAAGAUAAUAAAUUAAAAUGUUUUAAUUUUUCAAUGGAACACAGUGAUAUGAUAGAAUUUCCAGGAGCUGAAAAAAUGAGAGUUUGGGAUAGUUUAUAUGAGAGUGUAGAUUUAAUUUGUUUUUUGAGUUUAGAAGAUGAAUCGUUACGUAUACCUGGUAAUGCUGGCCUUAAAGAUCAAGUAUUAGCAUUAAAAUGGAUAAAAGCAAAUGCUAAUAAUUUUGGUGGUGAUCCAAAUAAUAUAACUGUGUUUGGUGAAAGUGCAGGUGGUGCAUCAACACACUACAUGUCAUUAACAGAUAAAACAAAAAAUUUAUUUCAUAAAAUGGUUUUAAUGUCUGGUUGUGCUAUAACACCAUGGGCAAGAGUACCACCAAGACAAUGGGCAUAUCGUUUAGCAAAGAAUAUCGGUUAUACGGGUCUACCAAAAGAUAAAGAAGUUUAUAAAUUUUUAAUGAAUGCUACACCAAAAGAAGUAUUAAAAGCUGAAUCAAAGUUGUUAACAUCAGAAGAACGUCGAAAUCAAAUUUUAUUCCCGUAUGGGCCAGUUAUAGAACCAUAUAUUAUGGAUGAUUGCAUUAUACCGGAAAAUCCAAUUAAAAUGAUGAGAAAUUGUUGGGGUAAUAGUAUACCAAUGAUUCUCGGUGGAACAUCAUUUGAAGGGCUUUUUUCAUAUCCAGAAACUAAGAAACAUCCGCAUAUAAUGGAAAAUUUAAAUGAUUGCGAGUAUAUUGUACCAUUAGAAUUGAAUUUGGACAGAAAUAGUGAGAUUUGUCAUCAAUAUGGGAUGAGAAUAAAAAAGGGCUAUUUCGGUGAUCGAAAACUUGGUGCAGGUGAUCCUAAAACUAGAAUGCAAUAUUGUGAGGUGAUAACAUUCAAAUAUUUUUGGCAUGGAUUAAGUCGAACUGCGAAAUCUAGAUUACAAUAUGCAACAGCACCAACAUAUAUUUACCGAUUUGAUUUUGAUUCAGAACAUUUCAAUCAUAUUCGUAUUGUAUGGUGCGGUAGAAGAGUACGUGGUGCAUGUCAUGGUGAUGAUCUAUCAUAUAUAUUCUUAAAUUGUAUUGCUGAAGUUCUUAAAGAAGAUGCUCUUGAAUAUAAAAUUAUUCAGAGAAUGACAGGUUUUUUAACAAACUUCGCUAAAAAUGGUAAUCCAAAUGGUGAAGUUUUAGAAAAUGUUGAAUGGAAGAGUUUAGAAAAAGGAGAAAAAUUGAAAUGUUUAAAUAUUAAUAGCAAAUUGAAAUAUAUUGAAUUACCGGAAAAUGAAAAAAUGGAAAUAUGGGAUAGUUUAUAUCCAAAAGAUGAAUUGUUCUAAAUCUGAAAAAUAUUACAUUGUAAUGUUUUUCAUUUUGUAUGUUCUAAAUAUUAAAUUUAAGAUUAUGCUAAAAUUUUUAGUAUUAGAACUUAGACAUGCGAAAUCCUUUAAAUUUAUUAAAAAUUAUCCUUCUUAAAUAAAAUCGUAUAAAUUAUAAAAUUAGAAAUAAUUUAAGCCAAAUGCAGUCUAAUAGAAAAUGUUUUACUAAAGUAUUGCAUAUGAAAUAAGUAGUUUCUUUGUAUAACAUUUUGAAAUUUGAACUAUAUUGGUCUGUAAUCAUUGGUUGCGUUUAUGGUUUUAGAAUACAAAAAUAAGGCUGUCUUUUAUGUGAAUUCAUUUUGUAAAAUAUAUUCUGUAUUUUUUACGACUUAGUUUUUCUAAUAGCUAACUCUUGUAUUGACAAGUAUUUUUGAUAUUUUAACGUUUAUUCUAAAAUUUAUGAAAUUAGGUAAUCUUGUAUAAGAUUAGAAUCCUAAUAUUCUUGACCAUAGUAUAGUUUUUAAAUUAUAGAUUUCAUAAUAAGUUAUAAAGAAAUUCUUGAUUAUUGUAAUAUAGAAGUAAUCGUAAUAAAAUUUGAGUUAUUAGGGGACAAUCAUGCUGUUUGUCAUAUAGAUAGGACAGUAUUUUAAAAUAGGGUGUAUACAUCAUGUAUAUUUAUUCCUUGUUACACAUAGGGUAUUAGAUAGGGUUUAGACAAAGGCUAAAUUAUAAUGGGAAAUAUAAAAUUUAAGUGUAAUAAAUUUAAUAUUUAGACUAGAACUAAAUUUGUAUAUUGUAUAUAGUAUAUACAUACAAUUUUUUUUCUGUUGUUGUUAAAUUUUUAGUUGUAUAUUUUUUUAUGUUUUUGUUAUUUUGUAGCUUUUUUCGCUAUAACAAAAUUGUAUUAUAUGUGAUCUUAUUUUUUUUUUAAUGUUAUUUUUGUGCGGGAGUUUUUGAUUUUACGAAAACAAAAACUAAUUAGAUUAAAUAUGUUUUUUUUUUGCUUUUGGUAAUAAAAUAAGAGAAAUUUUAA